GACUUAUAGAACAUCCCAUUCUUGAGUAUAGAAUCAAGAGAAUCUCUACGUUAUUUUAACAUGGCAGAUUUUUGUUUUGUUGAAGAAAGAACAGAGCAACAUCCUCUGAAAUUUGAAGCUUCUUCUGCAAAUCGAUUCAUUCAUCGCUAACCUUUGAGAUAAAAGAAAGAGAAUAAGAUGCUGACGUGUAUAACGUGCUCAAAGCAGAAGGAUGACGAUGGAGAUGAAGAAGGAGCGCGUGGAACACCAUCCACCAAGGAAUCCGUCAAAAGUCUAACGUCUCAGAUAAAAGAUAUGGCAUUGAAGAUGUCUGGUUCAUAUAAACAAUCGAAACAACAUAGUCCUAACAUCUACAAGAGAGGAAAUCGACAUUACCCAGAAUUCGAUACAAUCUCAGAAGGAGUUCCCUACCCUUAUGCACAACAACAACAACAACAAGGAGGGAGUUCAAGUUCAACACCAGCUUGGGAUUUCGGGUCUAAAUCAAGAUUCAGUAGACCAUUCCCUAGUGAUGAUAGAACAUCAUCUGUAGUACUGGAAUCUGAUUUGGUUCUGGACGAGCAUGAUGAGCCGAAAGAAUGGAUGGCUCAAGUAGAACCCGGUGUUCAAAUUACAUUUGUAUCUCUCCCAAAUGGCGGGAAUGAUCUAAAGAGAAUACGAUUCAGCCGGGAGUCAUUUGAUAAAUGGCAAGCUCAAAGAUGGUGGGGAGAGAAUUAUGACAGAAUAAUGGAGUUAUACAAUGUCCAAAGAUUCAACAGGCAGGCUCUUAAUACACCUGGAAGAUCAGAAGAUGAGAACAGAGAUUCUUCAUAUUCAAGAUUUGGAUCAGUUAGAGAUAGCCCCAUGACUCCAUCACUACAACAAAAGGACAUGACCAGAAACUAUUACAAAGGGGAGCCAUCAAUGGAUCCUUCACGGACCACAACUUCGUCUAGAGAUGAACCCUCAGUCUCUGCUAGCAAUGCAAGUGAAGUGGAUUCUGAGUGGAUUGAACAAGAUGAACCGGGAGUUUAUAUUACCAUUAGACAAUUAGUUGAUGGUACAAGGGAGCUACGACGGGUCAGAUUCAGCCGGGAAAUGUUUGGGGAGCGGAAUGCAAAGACAUGGUGGGAAGAGAAUAGAGAAAGAAUACAGGCGCAGUAUCUAUAGAUCGAUGGAAUAGAAAUUUAAUGGCGACCAUUAUAAUUAUGUUUUUCCUUUGCUUUUAUUGAGCAGAUUUUGUAAUCUUCUAUUAAUUAAAUAUCAUUAUAUUAGUAUUUUCCGUC